ACGCCAUCUUGUGAGGAUCCCGCUGCCUUUCUCUUCGUGAGUUUGAGGCUGUGUUUUGAUUUUCUGUCGUGAUUCUAAAAAGCGCCGUCAUGGUAGGUCAGUGCUGCUGCAUCAAGAACUGCCAUAGUAGGUCACACCAUCGUUCAGGGAGAAAACUGAACAAUGGAAUACGUUUUUUCGCCUUUCCUACGUGGAAAAAACACGAAGGGAAGCAGGUUGAGGAGGUGACAAGAAGACGGCGGAUGGCGUGGGUAGCUGCAGUAAGAAGGAAAGAUUUUACUUUUAACAGCAUUCCUGCAUCAAUGAAAGUAUGUUCUCUGCAUUUUCAGUCGGGCAAACCAGCCUAUGAAAUGCUGGAGUGUCAUCCUGACUGGGUACCGUCAUUACACCUCGGGCACACAGAAGUCAGAGCAACGCACACUGACCGGUUUAACCGGAGGGCAAAGAGACGGCAAGCUCUCACAGGGAGCAACACUGUGCCUGCAACACCGCCAGAUCUAGCUGGCCAGAGAUCAGGGAUGGAUGAAGCUGCACCACCAGUGCUAAACCUGAAGGGACGCGCAGGAAAAGGGGACAUGACAGCUGUGAGUGACAAGGGGAGUUCCAUGCCUAAUGAUGGUGGUGGCGGCGAUGCAAAUACAGAAAAACAAACCUUGCCUCGCAAUAAAAGGAAAAGGGCUUAUAAAGUAAUGCUGGAGGAGGAAACGAUCGUAGGAGAGGCUUUGAAGGGAAGCUCACAGCCCGAGAAGAAGAAAUUGGACAUUGAAGGACGCUAUCCACAGGGAUCAUGGGAGCAAGCCACGGUAGAAGCCAUUAUGAAUCUGAAGACAUCUGACACGACCACCACCACUUCUCAGAUUGCUCAGACAAUAAUUGCCAACCUCAAAGACGAGAACGAUUUUCUUCGGGCACAAAAUAUCAAGUUACAAUGGGAACUGAGGUCAGUACAGGAGAGGCUAGAAGCUGAAUUACAAGUGACUAAAGAAGAACUCCGGUCCUUGAAGCAGAAGUGUACCUGCAUAGAAAAACAUGUCAAAAACAAUAUAAAUGGAGACCCUUCCUCAGGUGUGAGCCUGCUGACUAACGCAGAAACACUUCUUGUAGUAGACAGUGCAUCUCAGGCGAAAAAAUAUGCAGGUGUGAGUGAAAAUGGAAAGGACAACAGUACAGACACUGAUGGAGUGGACUAUUGAAUGAUGUUACCAUUCUGCAAAGUAACUCCUUUGGUGUCACUAGUGAAUGUGGUGGCUUUCGUCAUACAGGCAACUGAAAGUUGUAUUUAUGUGUGACUGCUGAAACAUUUUUUGAUUGAAUUAUUUAUGCUGCUUAU